UAUAAUUUGUUUCCUCUCCCCAACAGACCUAAGGUGACGGGGGAAAAAAUAUGAAUAAUGACUCACAUUCUCUUGUUGCUGCUUGUUGACAGGCUGCCACAUUUCAGAGGUGGUGCAGGAGAGCGAGGCUCUGAGGCAGCAGGUGGAGCAGCUGCAGCUGCAGAGGGAGGGGCUGACUGCACAGGCUGAACACGCUGAGGAGGAGCUGAGCAGGGUGAGGCAGCAGGGUGCAGAGCAGCUGAGCUCCAUGAAGGCGGAGCAGCUCCGGGCUCUGGACACGCUGCGGGCCGACUACGCCCUGGAACACUCUUCUUCACGGGUGGCUGAGCUGACCAAUCAGCUACACACUCAGGAGGUGACGGUGAAACACCUGAAAGAGCAGCUGCAGGAGCUGCAGGGAGCCAAAGAUGCUCUCACUGUCUCCAGGACCAGAGAGGACGCUCUGCAGAAACAGCUGAGCAGACUGCUGAAGGAUCUGAAGGAAGCUAAAGAGGCUCAGAGCCCCGAGGGGAAGCUGCUGAGCGGUCUGGAGAGGAAGAUCCUCGACAUGGAGCUGCGGCACCAGAGCAGAGAGAGGAAGCUGCAGCAGAGUCCCCCCCCCCUGCAGGUGAUCGGGGGCUCCUGGCAGACCCUGGACUCUGGUCAGCAGUCGGAGGUGGAGGGCUGGAAGCAGCUGGCUCAGCAGAAGAGCAGAGAGGUGGAGGCCUUCCGUCUGGAGCUGGACUCCAUCCUGGACAUCCUGAGACACCUACAGAGACAGGGGGUGGUCCUCCCUCCCCCCCCUCACCUCUCAGCAUUGCAAUGAGUUCAGAUGACAACAUUCAAUGCACAUAUCAGAGACAGACAAUGCGUACUAGGAGCAAUGCUUUAAUACAAAUAAAUAAAAGAGUAAAUCAGUAAAGAUACUCAGUGGUGUUGUUGGAAUUUAGAGUCAGAUACAUUUCAAACUGAGUCUGUAAACAGAAGAACACAGAAUGCAUUUUUACUCAGACUGAACCUGUUUUUGAUUGUUGUGUAUAUUUUGUAGCUAGUUUCUAUUUUUUUUUAUUUAAAUUAUUGGAACAUAUUUAAGAUACAAAUAAAUGGUUCUGUUAAUGCUGCACCAAAAAACGUACAUGGAUAUUUAUGAAGGAUUUGCUCGCUUUUGGAUGCUUAACCAUCAAAUCACAUACUUGUGUUUGUCUUUAUGCACAUUACCAAAUGGGUAACCAAGUUAGAUCUGUAUCUGCCAGGAAAGGAAGAGCCCUCAAAAGCUUUGCAGCGUUUAAUGAUGAGAAUGUCUGACUCAAACUUCACUGUUAUUUCAACCAGAGGACAUUCUAGGCUAACACAAUUCAAAAAUACAGAGCAUGCUGACCUUCAGUGCGUUUGAAUCUGCUGUAAACACUGUCAGAACUGUAGUUCACCGCAGGAUGGACAUCAUGGGGACACGAGGAGACACGAGGAGACUCCUGCUCAUGGCAAGACUGUCACAGCGUCCAUCAGGAGGAAAAAGCAAUGUGUGCAUUGUUGGAGAUUUGGAGGAUGUUUAAAACCAACCUUGUCUCCGCGUGUCGUUUGAUAAGCUGGGUAAAUUCGUAA